AUGUGUUAUAAAAUUUGUUUUACGAGUUUCGUUGUAAAUUUGUUUAGCUUUUACAUUUUACUUUCAGUAUUUCACGUGUCAUUUUAUUUAUCAAUUUUUAGUCAAUUUUUUAAUUUCAGAUUUUUUAGCAAAAAAAUGGAUUUGAGGCUAUUUUUCCUCAUUACAGCUUUAAUUCCAACAACUUUAAGUUUCUAUUUGCCCGGAUUAGCUCCAGUUAAUUUUUGUGAGUUGAAGAAUGUGAAGCCGACAUGCCCGAAUAAUGUCACCCUUUUUGUUAACAAAUUGGACAGCGAUCAAUCUGUUUUGCCCUAUGAAUAUCACAGCUUCGAUUUUUGCCUUGGUUCAGAAGACGAAUCUCCCGUUGAAAAUCUUGGUCAAGUUUUGUUUGGUGAACGUAUCAGACCAAAAGCGAAACAAUGCGCUCUUCUCUGCCAAAAAUCUUAUAAUAUGGACAACAAGGAAAAUCAACAGCGAUUCCGACUUUUACAACGAGGAAUGAGACUUAACUAUCAACACCAUUGGAUCAUUGACAAUAUGCCUGUAACCUUUUGUUUCAUUAACCAGCAAAGUAUGAAUGUUUGCACAACAGGAUUUCCUAUGGGUUGUUUUGUAACUAAAGAAGGGAAGCCUAAAGAUGCUUGUGUUUUGGAUCCGAAAUAUCGUCAACCUGACAGUUAUUAUCUUUUUAACCAUGUUGAUAUUAGAAUUGAAUACAGAGAUUUGGGCCUCGAUUCCAACUUUCUCGAUGAAAAAAUUGGUGGACGCAUAAUUCGGAUUAAGGUUCAGCCUCGAAGCAUAAAACAUGAAAAGAUAGAAGAAAUGAAUUGUGGCCAAGGAGUUGCUCCACAACCUAUUUCUAGUGGAGAUAAGCAAUUUAACGUGAUAUAUUCUUAUUCUGUUGCUUGGGACCAAACGGACGUCAAAUGGUCGUCUCGUUGGGAUUAUAUUCUUGAAUCAAUGCCACAUACAAACAUUCAAUGGUUCUCAAUUAUGAAUUCUUUGGUUAUCGUUAUUUUCCUUUCUGGAAUGGUUGGAAUGAUUCUUCUUCGCACAUUGCAUCGUGAUAUUGCUCGUUAUAAUCGUCUUGAUGACGAGGAUGCUCAAGAAGAAUUUGGAUGGAAACUUGUUCAUGGAGAUGUUUUUAGACCUCCACGUAAUUCUUUAAUGCUUUCUGUUCUUGUUGGUGCAGGCAGUCAAGUUCUUCUUUGCGCUUUUAUUACUUUAGCUUUUGCCUGUCUCGGAUUUUUGUCACCAGCAAAUCGUGGCUCUUUAAUGACUUUUGCUUUGGUAUUUUAUGUUUUGUUUGGAAUAGUUGCUGGAUAUACAUCGUCUCGUCUUUAUAAAACAUUGGAAGGACUUGCAUGGAAAUCAAAUAUUCUUUUGACAAGCUUCUUAAUUCCUGGAAUUUUGUUUGGCGUUUUCUUUGCUUCUAAUUUAAUUCUUUGGUCAAAAGGAUCUUCUGCUGUUAGAACAAAUCAAAUUCCACGCCAAGUUCCUGAACAGACAUUAUAUACCAAGCCUCUUCCUGGAAUGUUGAUGGGAGGAAUUCUUCCUUUUGGAUGUAUUUUUAUUCAGCUCUUCUUUAUUCUGAAUAGUAUUUGGUCCCAUGAGGUUUUCUACAUGUUCGGCUUCCUUUUCAUCGUCUUCAUUAUUCUUAUCAUUACUUGCUCUGAAGCUACAAUUUUGCUUGCUUAUUUCCAUUUGUGUGCGGAGGAUUAUCAUUGGUGGUUCCGUUCAUUUAUGACUUCUGGUUUUACUGCAAUUUAUUUGUUUAUUUAUUGUGUUCAUUAUUUUAAUUCAAAAUUAACAAUAACUGGAAUUGUUUCAACAAUUCUUUAUUUUAGUUAUACGGCUAUAUUUGUCUUUUUAUUCUUUUUAAUGACAGGAACAAUUGGCUUCUUUGCAACUUAUUGGUUUAUUCAUAAAAUUUAUAGCUCUAUAAAAGUUGAUUGA